CCAUUCACGAAGCACUACUAUUUCGCAUCCAUCUUCCCCGAUCAGUCUUCGAGAGGAAAUUGAUCCAUUCGGAGGUGGAUCGCUCCCACCUGCUAAAAGACACUCAUCAGCACUCACAGACAACCUUUCGGAGCUGAGCAGUCCUCUGCUGUCUUGGUGGUUGUUUUAGCACCUACAACGUGACCGCGCGAAGGUGUUGAUCUCGGUAAUGCCGCAAGGCGAUCGUGUGCGUCGUUGAGUUGCUUAUACCGCCCCGUCCGUCGUAGAACCGAACAAGUUUUGUAAAUAUAGCAGCGCGCGGCGCGAGUUUUCGGUGCUGUGGGGAAGUCCUCUCCAGCCGGUUUGGAUUCUGACGGCGCAGAGUGUCGAACGGUUUCGAACCGCGCGAAUCGAAAUCUCGGGCCCGGGAAGUGCGGCGAAUACAGUGGUACACGAUAGGAGUUUUUCUACACACGUGGAAAGGAGGUGCAGCGCCCGUUGGUGAUAAUGGAGAAGUGCAGUGUGCUGUUGUGCGGAUUUUUGCUCGUACUUUCGCCAGUAUUGUGCCUAACACCUGCUCAAUCACACAAUACUAUUAUCCAGCAAAGAUAUUGUCAGCCGUCGAGCAGAAAUGUACUAAGUGCAACGGAUGCGUUUCGACCGUUAUGUGGAGAAUUACAAAUGAUUGCAUGCUGUAAUAAAGUGGCAAACCUGAUUACGAGCAAUCCAAAUUUGUAUCUCUGCGCUUCGAAUUCAAAAGGUUAUACUUUAACCAACAAUUGUAUACUACCAUCUGCCAAUGUAGAGUCCAGUAUUGUGUUCAGAGAUGAUCAAUACGAUACCUCAAAUGCCUAUUAUCCGCAGCAGAAAACGUCGAGUACUCCUAGAUCCGAGUACCGUCCUGUGCAAUAUCAGACCCGAGUGCAACAGGUAUCUGCGCCUACGCCAACUAAUGCCCAACCUGCAUAUCAGACCCUAAGUGCACAACCAGUACAACCGGUACAAACGGGGACAUUCCAGUUCAACUUUGGCAAUCCUCAAGAUGCCCUUCAAGUACCAAUCGCUCAGCCAGGAUCAUCCCAGAACAUUAAUGGAUUCAGUCAACCAACUAAGCUGAUGCAAAGACCUUCCAACAACGGUCCAGUUUCUCAGUACAACGUCAACGGCAAUGCCGACGAUGACGAUUACGAUGACGACAGAGUGGUUGUUGAGACCGGUACCCCAGGAUAUCAAGCGAUGGAGUUUGCGUUGAAUCUUUUCAAGAAUUUGGAUCGACCAGCAAAUGGAGAUUCCGUCUUAAGCCCCUUGCUGCCCCAGUUGUUGUUAUCGAAUUUGGUUGACUACGCUAGCCCAGCAGCUAAAGCACAACUUAAAAAGACCAUCAUAUUGCACCCGAACCAGCUGGCUUCCUUAGCCGGCAAACUGGACAAGAUUUCAAAGUCAACAGUGAAUACCAUUGAAACAGCUUCUGCCAACUUUGUCGGCGAAGACGUGCAGCUGAACAAGACUUACGCCACCGACGCCGGACUACGGAAUGUAGAAGUAAGGCGAGUAGAUUUCAAUCAGCCGUAUCUUGCUGCUCGUAAUGCCAAUAACUGGGUUUCUGGAAAAACUCACAACUUGAUCAACGAGAUUCUAAAUCCUAGUGCCAUCAGCCCAUACACUCGUCUUCUGCUGGCAAACACAAUCUACUUCAAGGGCAUGUGGAAGUAUACGUUUAUCGAAUCGAAUCCAGGAAAGUUUGAGUCCUCACCAAACAAUCCCCGACAGCUCAACAAAAUGUUCCAGCUGAACAAACUGCGAUACGGUGAACUGAGUUUCCCCGAUGGUAACGGGCUUCGUUGGGUAGAGCUACCCUACGAGGGCAACAGUUUAGCCAUGUUGGUGUUCCUACCCAAAGUACGACAUCAGCUGGAAGCAUCAGUUCGUCAGCUGAAGCCCUACGAUUUGGCCAAAGUGAUGGCUGACCUGCACAGCAGUUACAUCAACACCAAGGUGCAUCUGCAUAUGCCCAAGUUCACGCUAACCGACUCGAUAUCGUUGAUCCCGGCUUUGAAGCGAAUGGGACUGCACUCGAUCUUCCAGGAUCCGGACGCACUCCCAUACAUUACCAACGAAUCCACAAUGGUGUCCGAUGUUACGCAGCGAUCGUUCAUGAGUGUGGAUGAAUUCGGCACCAAGGCUACCUCGGUGGCUUCACUGUCGAUUGUCACGCUCAGUAUAACACCCCAGUUCAGGGACGUGAAGUUUGAUGUGGAUCAGCCAUUUUUGACGAUGAUCGUCGACAAGCAGGAGCGCUAUCCGUUCUUCAUUGCGCAGAUUAAUGAUCCAAGGGAGUAAAACCGACCAGUGUGUAUCCUAGUUUAGUGUUAAAAGCUGACAAAUAUAAACGCAAUUUAACUUCAUUGUCAUUCUGCAGAUAAAAGUCUGUAAUUUCGCUAAUAAAGAAUACAAAUUUCAUAAAUAUA